AUGAAGUAUCGUAUUCAUGUUGUAAUUGCCUUUCUUUUAGUUUCAGCCAUUAACCCAACAACAAUUGAAGCACUAUUUUUAGAACAAUUUACAAAUGAUUGGUUGAAACGAUGGUCACCAAGUGAAGCUAUUAAAGAGACAAAAGGCGGCGGUGAAGUGUUUAGCUAUGUUGGAAAAUGGGAUGUCGAAGAACCAACAGUUUUUCCUGGAAUCAAGAAUGAUUUAGGAUUAGUAGUAAAAUCUGCAGCUGCACAUCAUGCCAUAUCUGCUCUUUUAGAUCAACCUUUAGAUAACACUGGCAAAGAUUUAGUCGUUCAAUACGAGGUUAAACUUCAGAAUGGACUUGAAUGUGGCGGAGCAUAUUUGAAAUUGUUGACGUUAUCCGAGAAGGGAAUUCAAGCUGAAGAAUUUUCGGAUAAAACACCAUAUACAAUUAUGUUUGGACCUGACAGAUGUGGAGGUACAAACAAAGUUCAUUUCAUAUUUAGACAUAAAAAUCCUUUAACCGGAGAAUACGAAGAAAAACAUAUGACUAGUGCUCCUAGUGCUAAAAUAACUAAACUCAAUUUUGAACCUGCAGUUAACCCACCACAGGAAAUUGACGAUUCAAAUGAUAAAAAACCUGAUGACUGGAUUGAUGAUCCAAAAAUCGAUGAUCCAGACGCAAAGAAACCCGAUGAUUGGGAUGAGGAUGCACCGUAUGAAAUCGAUGAUGAGGAUGCGGUAAAACCAGAAGGAUGGCUUGACAAUGAACCAUUGACAAUUCCUGAUCCAGAAGCCAAAAAGCCCGAUGAUUGGGAUGAUGAUGAAGAUGGUGAUUGGGUAGCACCAACCAUAACAAACCCCAAGUGUGAGGAAGCUCCAGGUUGUGGUGAAUGGGUUAGACCAAAGAAAAAAAAUCCCGAUUAUAAGGGUAAAUGGUUCCCACCAAGAAUUGACAAUCCUGCUUAUAAAGGUCCAUGGGCGCCAAGAAAAAUUCCAAAUCCUGAUUAUUUUGAAGAUUUAACUCCUUCUAACUUUGAAAAAAUCGCUGCUGUUGGUUUUGAAUUAUGGACCAUGCAAAACAAUAUUUUAUUUGAUAAUAUUUAUAUUGGACAUUCUAUUGAAGAUGCUGAAAAAUUAGCCGAGGAGACAUGGUCAAUAAAAUACGAAAUCGAGAAGAAAGCAGAAGAAGCACAAGUACCACCAAUCGUUGAUACCGAUAAACCAACUUCAUUCACCGAGGAUCCUUUCAAAUACUUACAAAUACACGUAAACGAAUUUAUUAAUAUAUUAUUCGAAGAUCCUAUCGAAGCAGUCAAAACUAAACCUGAAGUUGCAGGCGGUCUUGCAGCAGCAGUUCUUUUCCUUUUUUCACUAAUUGGAAUUUUAAUGAAUUUAUUGGCACCAUCCAAAAAGAAAUCUGGUCUUCAUAAGAAGAAUGAUGAACCAACACCUGAUGAUGUGGACGCUAACAGGAGAUCGGCAAAGAGACCUCCGCAAGACAAUUAA